AUGCUUAUACGACGGAAUUUAUCGGUUUUCCGAAACGGUGUCCGCUGGCCCCCUAUUUUUGUGCGAUGGCUAACUGUUGCGGAGACAAAAUGUCCGGAGGAGCCGUCUACUUCCUCCGCCUCUUCUGCAUUCCCACUGAAACGAAUUGAUCUUGUACCGGCUCGAAUACAUGCGCAUUUAUUCGCCGGUACGCCAAUCCCGGAAACAGCCCUUGCUGGCGAUCCUUUUGAGAAGCUCCAGUUACCGGAUUUGGAGGGCGCAAAUUUGCUCGAACAUUUCGAAAAUAUUGCGAGCAGGCAGUUCGAGCCUUAUCGGUGUCUUCUGGCUCAGGCAGCUUCACUCAAAAGGCUGCCUCGCUUACCGGACGAAUGGGCUUUUCAGACUGGUUGGACACGUUACUCGGAUAACGAACCUCCUACUCAGGUAAAGUUCUUUUCGUUUUUUUCCGUUUAA